AUGCCAUUACCUCAGUCAUCAGCAACAACACAUUCGGCAGGACAGAGCUCUAGACUAAAGGCUUUUGCAUCAGGUGGGAGUUCCUUGCCGAUGAAUACGCUUCCGAACAUUUCGGCAGUGGAUUCCUAUUCAACAAUAACAACGGAUAAGUCCACUGGGAUACUACAACAAUCUAGCCAGCAACAGUCCAAUGUGGGAUCAGGAAGUGCUACACUUAGUAGAUCUAUGACGUCAGGAGUUAACACGGCGGCUACAGGAGCAGUGAGUUCAGAGAUGCCACCAGUCAGUAUGGUUAAUAAUCCUUUAUAUCAUGCCACAUUCCAGACAUCUGCAACAGAUACUCCGGUGCAGAAUCUCGGAGCAGGACCAAGUAACAGUGGAUCUCACAACGUAGCAUUACAAGGAAUACAAAGUUGGUAUUACCCAGUUGUUCCAAGACAACCAGCUUUUGUGUCACCACUAGGGAAUUUUGCUUUUGAUGGACGUCAGUUGCCUCCAUUGUCCCCUCCAUAUGGCAUACCACAAGUUUUACCAAUGCAGCAUCGACAAGGAUUAGCGGUGGUCCCAUCACAACUGAGUGGACAAGAAGGUGCGCCUAGGCUAACGUACAUACCACAGGGAACAGCAGAUGUAGGUGUCCAAGGAACUGCGGGUGUAACAAUCAAUCAGGGCCCUGUUGAACGAGUACCAGGAAAUAAUACCGCAGCUGUAAAUUUUGAUGAUUCACAAAUACCUCAAGGCUCUGGUAUUAUGGUUGCUGAUUCGCAAAUUGUUCCACCUCAUCAAACAUUGGAAGAGAAUAGAGAGGACCAACAGUGGAUGGAGCAUAACCCACGUCACCAGCGUAUAUGGGGUCAAGAAGGUGGUCGUCUUCAGGUUGAUCUUGGUAACGAAGUUAGACAAGAACCGGAUGCAGCAAGGAACGAUAAUCAGCAACAGAAUUUCAAGACAGGUGUUGAUCAGAUUUUAAAUGCUGAGGAUGUGUUUUCAAGAAUGAUAGAGGACAAGAUCUGUAAGGAGUUGGGCACAGAAAUUCCAGAGAUUCUAGGAAAACCAUAUCCCGGCUAUGUCGAAUGGGAGCCAUUGCCAAGGAACUUUAAGAUUCCCGAUUUUCAGCAAUUCUCAGGAGAGGAUGAGAAGAGACUUGAGGAUCAUAUAAGGACCGCCUUUGACUGGUAUCGAUCACUAGCACCAGGCUCUAUCCCGUCAUGGGAAAUGCAGCAGCGAGAAUUCUUGUCUUACUUCCGUAGGGAUACCACACGGUUGUCAAUUGUUGAUCUUUCAGAAAUUCGACAGAAGUUUGGAGAAACUGCUAAAGCUUAUUUGAUACGCUUUCGUCAAAUGUAUGCUAAGAUACCGGAUAAGUAUGACGAACCAACUAUUGUCAAGAUGGCAAUUGCUGGGAUUCAGGAUUACAAAGUCAAGUUUGCCGUCGCACCGCAUUCUGUUUGA